CUGGAGUAUUGUUUGCGGCGGUGAGUUCUUGGAGCUUCCUCUUAUCCCUAUCAACAAUGGCUGAACGUGGCGGAGAUCGUGGCGGCUUUGGCCGUGGCUUUGGGGGUCGUGGAGGACGUGGUGACCGGGGUCGCGGAGGCCGCCGCAGGGGCGCUCGUCGGGAGGAGGAGGAGAAAUGGGUUCCCGUGACCAAGCUUGGCCGUCUCGUCAAAGAGGGAAAGAUUCGCACCCUCGAGCAUAUCUACCUCCACUCUCUUCCGAUCAAGGAGCAUCAGAUCAUCGAUACGUUGGUUGGUCCCAGCCUGAAGGACGAGGUGAUGAAGAUCAUGCCGGUCCAGAAGCAGACGCGAGCCGGUCAGAGGACCCGGUUCAAGGCCUUCGUUGUUGUCGGGGACGGCAAUGGACAUGUUGGACUUGGCGUGAAGUGCAGCAAGGAGGUGGCCACGGCCAUUCGCGGCGCAAUUAUUCUGGCCAAGCUUUCGGUUAUUCCGGUGAGAAGAGGCUACUGGGGUAACAAGAUCGGGAAGCCGCAUACAGUUCCGUGCAAGGUUACUGGAAAGUGUGGUUCAGUUACAGUGCGGAUGGUGCCUGCCCCUCGUGGUGCUGGAAUCGUUGCUGCUAGGGUGCCAAAGAAGGUACUGCAGUUUGCAGGAAUCGAAGAUGUCUUCACUUCUUCACGAGGGUCGACCAAGACGCUUGGGAAUUUUGUCAAGGCUACUUUUGAUUGUUUGCUGAAAACCUAUGGAUUCCUAACGCCUGAAUUCUGGAGGGAGACCCGCUUCGCCAAAUCUCCAUUCCAAGAGUACACAGAUUUAUUGGCAAAACCGACUGGAAAGGCUCUGAUCCUGGAGGAUGACAGAGUGGACGCUUGAGGUGGCACCCUGUAGUUCUUCACAUUUUCGUGUUAUGAGCUGCACGGGAUCCUAGAAUAUGUUUCGAUAGGAACUGGUAAUUAAGUUAUUUGCUGCUUAUGUAGUUUCCCUCUUUAACCUUUUUCGAGGGGCCGUUUUUCAUGCGUUUCCUUGUUUUUGAAUUUCCGCCCAGGGGAUAUUCACCAAGUUUGAAAUACAAGAGUUUUCUUCCUGAAUUUUGAGAAUAA